AUGGGACAGUCUGCAGAUGUCGAAGUGAAGCGUGAUCCCGAGAGUGAUCCUUGCAAUUACCCGUUUUCGCUCCCGGAAGCCUUGGAGCCUCUGUGUAACCGGAACGCGUCGUCUCUGCGGAAGGUGUACCUCGGCUUGCAAUACUUUUACGUACCCAAGUGGUAUCCGGAUCGGGGAAUCCCACCGGAGACGGAACCGAUCUUCCUCACUCUGACGAAGCCGUUGCUCCAGCUUCAUCAGCUCCGGGAGCUCAAUAUCUACAUCUACCCUGGCGAACACCGUGGUCCCAUAGACACCCUCAUCGUGGAAGUGGCCAUCUUCACACCCGACGCGCUUCGGGCGGUCGUGCACGCUUGCCCUCAGCUGAAGUGUCUGAUUGGCAAGUGCCUGUCGGAUGACUUCCUGAAGCUGCCGGCGGCGUCUGACCAGCUCGGCGGUUCCCGUCGCGCAGUGUCCGAGUCUACAGGACAUGGGCUUCGUCAGUUACGCCUCUUCAAAGCCACCAAGGUAGAUGACCCUGCGGACAUCACGAAGAUCGCAUACUUCCUGGACGAGCUGUUCCCUCGACUUCGCCUCGAGCUGUGUGUGACUCAGGACACCUACGUAUUCAGGAAUCAGGAAAAUUGGAUACCCGUUCUGCUGGAGGUGGUGAGGAUUUCAAGUCGUACGUGA